AUGGACGGAGGUCUUAAUGGCGGCAUAAGCAAAGUCCGAUGCGACAAUCCAUGCGCCAAAGGCAUGGUUUUCAUUGAAAAGCGAUUCGGCAAAAGAUUAUUCGAAUAUGGUAUACCUUCUAAAGAAAUCCAGAUUCUUCAUCAGAUUCAGGACCAUGACUAUAUUACGAAGAUGGUAGACCAUUUCCGCGAUAAAUCUAUUCUAGAGGGGGCUGUAUACAUGGAGUAUUGCGACGUGGGAAGCAUGGCAGAUGUGGCACAAGGGGUUGCCAAAGGGGCUUAUGUUAACGAACGCAAGAUUUGGCAUUGGUUCGACGAACUAGCUAGCGCGCUUACUUAUUGCCACCGUGGCCCACACCCGGAUAUGAAUGACGAACAGAUCUUCCAAUCUGGUUGGAGCAGAAUCUACCAUAGAGACAUCAAGCCUGGCAAUAUCCUGCUAACAAUCGCGAACGGCCAGGUAGUAGCAAAACUUGCCGACUUUGGCUACGCAGUCACUGAAGAUAGCUUAGCAGCCUGCCCUAACCGAGAAGAAGCAAUAGUGCAACCAGGAGGAACACCUGGAUUCUUCGCUCCGGAGUUUCCAUUCUUCAGCGGUGCUUCCGAUAUCUGGCAACUAGGACUCAGUAUGAUCUGCGCAUGUACCGGUAUAAAAACACCACGAAGCAAAGAGAAUCCUAAUGGUCAAAUGUGGAAUAAAGGACGACCGGCAGGCGCCAGUUACUCUGUUGAACUAAGUGGCGUGAUCAAAAUGUGCCUGGAGGAAAACUAUGCACGGCGUGUGCAAGCAUAUCCAUUGUGGGUUUCCAUCAAUAGUUGCUACCAAACGAUCAAGAAUAAGCUCCCUGUCGAUAAAUGGCCGGCGAUGGUUUUCGAUAGGUCUGAGGAUCACGACAAGGCGGUGUCACCACCGGAACAUCGCCGGCCGAGACACCAUUACACAGGAUUGGAAGGCGCUGUGAACCCCGCGUAUAGAGGCAACUAUUCCGGACCACAGUUGCGUGUACCCGGUGGUAUGAUGCCCUUCUAUGGAGCAGGAUAUCAUGGCGAUGGCAACGGGUGGUAA